CAUCCAAGUAUCACUAUCAAAUAAGCGUCCCCGACAGAAAGAAUAAGUACUGUCUACUAAACCUAAAACAAAAACCACUUUGUUAAGAGAUGGACUUCCAAGAUGAAAGCGAGCUUACUUUUAAGAAAAAGAAGAAACAAAGACGUACGCGUUGUCGAUGCAUAUUUGUUAUCAUCGUUAUGGUAUUGCUUGUGUUUUUUCUUGGCUUCAUCAUUGGAUAUUUUUCUCGAAAGAUACCGUCAACAAGCGAGACCUCUUCUCCAGCUUCGCAGAAAGCAAACAAGGAAUCCAGAGAAAAAGCUUCAAGCACUUUCCAAAGUAGUGUUGAUAACCGCGAACUGGAAAAAAGUGUGAGAUGGUUUUCCAAACGGCCUCACAUAGCGGGAUCAGAACAACAGAAAGAAUUAGCAGAGGAAUUGAAAAAGAGGUGGAUUGAGUACGGUUUUGACGAGGUUGAAAUGCCUGCAUACGAUGUUCUCUUGUCGUAUCCUCAAGUUGACAAACCCAACAAAGUGACUUUGAUGCACAGCAAUGGUACCGUGGUCUACACAAGCAAAGGGGAAGAAACGGUCCACGAUGCAGCAGAGAAUGACACUCUGGUUGUCAGGCCAGUGCUUGGCUAUGCUCCUGCCGGUACCUUUGAAGGAGAAAUAGUGUUCGUCAACUAUGGAAGGGUUGAAGACUUUGAGAAACUGAAGAACGAGCUGAAUGUGUCCGUGGAUGGAAAAAUCGCUAUCAUGAAGUAUGGGAAAAUAUUUCGUGGAGACAAGGUUGCAAAUGCUGCACGGUUUAACGCCAGUGGAGCCAUCAUAUACACAGACCCCAAGGAAUACGCCCCUGAAGGGACCACACCCGAUAAAGUGUACCCUGAAGCGGUCUGGAUGCCACCCACUGGGGUCCAGAGAGGUACAAUAUACACGGCUCUUGGAAUAGGUGUUGGGGAUCCACAGACUCCUGUACUACCAUCGAUAGAAGGGAUUUACCGACGCCCAUUGAACGAGAGUCAGUUGCCCAGUAUUCCUGCACAACCCAUAUCGUAUGGUGACGCGGUGCACUUUUUGAAGCACAUGAAAGGUAAUGAAGUACCCGAGUCAUGGAAAGGCGCAUUGCCGAUAACAUAUCGAUUGGGACCAGGCUUCAACGAGAACAUGAAAGUCAAGAUGGAGCUUCAUAACAAGAUCGAAGUCAAGACUAUCUACAAUGUCAUAGGUACGAUCCACGGUAAAGAGGAACCAGAUCGAUAUGUGAUCGUAGGUAACCAUAGAGACUCGUGGGUGUUCGGGGCAGUGGAUGCAGUAAGUGGUACUGCGUCUACAUCAGAGAUUGCACGUGUGCUUGGGUCACUCAGAAAAACAAAAUGGCGUCCAAGAAGAACUAUAAAGAUUGCAAGCUGGGGAGGUGAAGAAUACAGCUGCAUUGGUUCAAGAGAAUGGGUGGAAGAACACAGAGAAAAAUUAGACCAGAGAGCUGUUGCCUACUUGAACGUCGACAUCGCUGUAGGCGGAAGCUUUGCACUAGAAGCCUUAGCAACUCCACUAUUAAAAGAACUUCUGAUCAAAUGGAUCAAAAUAGUUAAGGACCCCAAUGCGCAUGACGAUAAAGAGAGUGUCUAUGACAUCAUGUUGGAGCGCAAUCCGUCCAAGGAAGACCCCAAGAAGCCUAACGUGAAAGUCUUGACUUCAGUGAGUGAUUUUGCGCAUUUUUAUCAUCACAUGGGCAUCCCAUCUACUGAUAUGACGUAUCAGUUCGGGUAUAACAACAGUGUGUCGUACUACCCAGUCUAUCACACUCAACAUGACACUUUUCAAUGGGUCAAGAAGUUUGUUGAUCCAGAGUUUAAAUUCCACAAGGCGGUGACACAGAUAGUUGGUGGUAUGCUGCUUGAAAUUGCAGACAGUCCUAUGCUUCCAAUGGACGUGUCUACGUAUGCUGAUGUGAUUAGAGAUGCUUAUAAUCUCCUUAAAUCCAAAGAAGAAGCAAACUUACAAAGUCACGGCAUCACAUUGAAGCAUUUAGCAAACGCUGUUGAAAAGUUUCUCGCUUCAACGAAAACUUUCAAUGAAGUCAAGUCUAAACUCACUGGCGAUGAUGUUGACAAGAAAAGCUUUUCUCUUCUACGCAGACUCAAUGAUCAAAUGGUCAGCGUGGAAAAGGCAUUCGUUUAUCCCUAUGGGUUGCCAGGACGACCACUUAUCCGUCACGUAGCCUUUGCACCUGAGCGGUACAAUGCUUAUGGUAGUUCAAGUUUCCCUGGGAUAGGUGACACAUUGUUUGAUGCAGCAAGAGGAGGCAAUUGGUCUGAUGUCGAUCUCCAGAUAUCAGUGGCGUUGCAGUCAAUCUUAUCAGCUACUGACGUCAUAAAUCCCGAGGAUGUUGACAAGAAAGCUGCUGGUGUGUGAAGUGAUGAAGAUGCGAAGACCGCGUAGUUGCUCUUUUAUAAACCCUUCCUUAGCCACUUUAGUUAGUGAUUGAGAAUGUAUACACAAGAAAGGUUAUGACACCAUUAAAGUCAGUCAACAUGUA